CGAGUAUUCCCAACUCGUGAAAUGCCCGAGGAAGCGACAGCGAUUCUUGAAAACGAAUUCCGCGAAAGUUCUCCUCGGGUUCGGGCCGAAGAAGCCUCCGAUCGUGGUGCACGCGGAAGUGCCGAACGGAACUCUGUGGGAGGGACCGGCCUUGGAUGAGCCGAACAAAGAGAUCCCGGGCCGGUUCCCGCCUUUGGGCGUGAAAGACGUGAAGCCGUUGGACUCUGUACUGCCACCGUGGUUCAAGUUGAAUGUGACAAACAUCGGAGUCAUGCCGAAUUUAGAGUACCCCUACAAAUUCCCGAAUCCGCCUUUUUUGCCCAACAAGGAAACGCCGGAGGUGGUGCCCUUCGGCCGGGAGGAGUACAGGAUCCAGGAAAAACCGAUGAAAUUGGACCUGCC